AAAAAAGACACAAUGCAGGCUAAUUUAUGGAAUUUAGUGGCGACAGUUAAGCCUGGAAGCAUUAAACGUGUCAUAAAUCCCACACUAUCAGUUCUGCAGCAGAGAAGAUACGCAAGUACCCUAGAUGCUGAUAUUGUAGUUAUUGGUGCUGGCCCAGGUGGUUAUGUUGCCGCUAUCAAAGCAGCACAGCUAGGAAUGAAAACUGUAUGUGUUGAAAAAAGUCCAACACUUGGUGGUACUUGUCUUAAUGUAGGAUGCAUUCCAUCAAAAUCACUUUUAAAUAAUUCUCAUUAUUAUCACAUGGCUCACAGUGGUGACUUAGCUAAUAGAGGAGUUGUUGUUGGUGAUGUAAAACUUAAUCUAGAUAAAUUAUUAGAACAAAAAGAUAAUGUUGUUAAAGCUCUUACGGGUGGUAUCGCCGGUUUGUUUAAAAAAAAUAAAGUUGAAUGGGUAAAGGGCCACGGUAAAAUAACUGGAAAGAAUCAGGUGUCUGCAUUAGGUCCAGAUGGAUCAGUUGCUACCACAAUAAAUGCUAAAAAUAUUUUAAUUGCUACUGGUAGUGAGGUAACGCCAUUUGGUGGGCUAGAAAUUGAUGAAAAACAAAUAGUAUCAUCAACAGGUGCUUUAUCUUUAAAUCCAGUUCCCAAGAGAUUGAUUGUAAUUGGAGCUGGUGUCAUUGGUUUGGAGUUAGGAUCCGUUUGGCAAAGAUUGGGAUCUGAAGUAACAGCUGUUGAAUUUAUGCCAACGAUCGGAGGUGCUGGCAUUGAUGGAGAAGUCAGUAAAACAAUGCAAAAAAUAUUCACCAAACAAGGUUUGAAUUUUAAACUCAGUACUAAAGUUACUGGGGCUGAAAAAACUGGAUCAGAAAUAAAAGUUUCAAUUGAGGAUGCUAAAGAUCCCAGUAAAAAAGAAACAUUGGGUUGUGAUGUACUUUUAGUUUGUGUUGGUAGAAGGCCCUAUACCCAAAAUUUGGGAUUGGAAGAUAUGGGUAUCGAAAGAGAUGAAAAAGGUAGAAUUCCUGUAAAUAAUCGAUUCCAGACUGUUGUACCUAAUAUUUUUGCUAUUGGUGAUUGUAUCCACGGACCAAUGUUGGCGCAUAAAGCUGAAGAUGAAGGAAUUAUAACUGUUGAGGGUAUUGCUGGAGGCGCUGUACAUAUUGAUUACAACUGCGUUCCAAGUGUCGUAUACACACACCCGGAAGUAGCUUGGGUUGGAAAAACUGAAGAAGACUUGAAAAAAGAAGGUAUCGAUUUUAAAAUCGGUAAAUUCCCAUUCAUGGCAAACUCAAGAGCUAAAACAAACCUUGAGACUGAUGGUUUUGUGAAAGUAUUAGCUUGUCAGAAGACAGACAAAAUUUUAGGAGUACAUAUGGUUGGUCCAGGUGCUGGAGAGCUUAUCAAUGAAGCUGUUCUUGCUAUGGAAUACGGAGCUAGUGCUGAAGAUGUUGCACGAGUAUGCCACGCGCAUCCAACAUGUGCGGAAGCUUUAAGAGAAGCUCAUUUAGCUGCUUACUUUGGCAAGCCCAUAAACUUUUAA